AUGCAGGAUAUUUCGAAAGUGAUUUUGAACUAUUUAGACGCCAAACGGAACAGGGACGAUCACCGACGCGCCGACAGGAUGGUUCGUGGCGUCGGCAGCUUCAUCGAGGGCAAGAGCACCGUGUCGGGAUGGAGGGAGAGGAAUAACGUUGACUCGUUCAAUGACCACUCGUCAUUUGAGGGAGCUCUGAAUAAGAACCAGCAAAAGAUCGAACGCAACAAAGAAAUGCUCGCAUUCCAGGCCUUUGAGGCGCAGCAAAUUCACCCGUCUGUUGUUGCGACGCAGAGUGCGCCGCAACCAAAAGCUCAAGGACCGGAUGAUCAGCCGGUUUCGCCUACAACGGAAUCUCGACCUUAUCCUAACCCAAACCAAGACCCGAGGGCACUGCCAUCUGCGUCUGCGACCUCGUUGGAAAGCAUUUGUUCUGGGUCAGAAGGUGUUGAUCAGGGAGACGGCGACUCGCACAUGUCACAUAUUCAGCACAUUUUCUCAAAGGCUGCCAACAUUAUUCGGGAAGCUAUAGAGGUCGAGAGCGUGCUUUUUGUGGACGCCAGUAUCGGCUCGUUUGGAGGGCUUGCUGGCCCCAGAGCGACCAACAUGAGGUCCUCCAGGGGUCGUGGCUCGUCCUCAUCCUCUAGUGACGAGCAAAUAAGCCCGGGCUUAGGCACUGGAAGCGUAUUGGGCAGCGACAACGACCAGGAUGACAACCUUUGUGCAGUUCUCGGCUUCUCGAGUUCAUCAAUCUCAACCGUCGACGGAGACAUGCCGUCUCUAAAUCACACCUCAAUAUCCGAAAAGUUUCUCACUAAACUAUUGCGAAGACAUCCGAAAGGCAGAAUUUUCAGCUUCGACGAGAACGGCUCUAUUCAAUCUAGUGACCAUUCUGGCGACGAUCACGCUACACAGCCAGAAACACCACUCCAGGAGAUAACAGACGUCGCAAAGACCCCAGCCGAGGACGAACGGCAACGAAACAAGAAACGGAAGCAAGCUUACUCGAGACGAAAUGAAGCGAAAACACUCAGCAGUCUAUUUUCGGGAACACGAAGCAUGGCUGUCAUACCUUUGUGGGACGCACAAAAGCAACGCUGGUACGCAGGCGGAUUCGUCUGCACCAAGACUCCGACUCGAGUCCUUACCAUCGAAGGCGAGCUCAGCUAUCUACGCGCCUUUGCCUCAGUUAUCAUGUCAGAGAUCGACCAUGUCAACUCGAUGCUUGUGGACAAGGCGAAGACGGACCUGUUAAGCUCACUCUCUCACGAGCUACGGUCGCCGCUCCAUGGUAUAAUCCUUGGCGCGGAGCUGCUGCACGAUACCACUAUGGACGCUUUCCAGGGAGAGACGCUGGUCUCAAUAGAAAAUUGUGGCCGCACGUUGUUGGAUACUAUUGACCACCUCCUGGACUGGAGCAAGAUCAACAAUUUCAUCGGGUCUCCAAAACACCGAAGAAACUCGACCGCAUUCGGCGAGCGAGGCUUGAGAGCUCGGGGUCAGAAAAUUACCAUCGAAGCUGGCAUGAUGAGCAUCACCUCAAAUGUCGAAGUCGACGUUUUGUCUGAGGAGGUUGUCGAGAGCGUCUGUGCUGGCUUCAGUUACCAACGCGUCUCUGUAGCCCAACUUGCGGGAAACAGACCGACAGAGCACGCCGACACUACGGCGUUGCGCAGACUUGACAGUAUGCAAGCAAUGGAGGAAAUGGCGACGCGAACCAACAAAGUUGGGGACUUUCAAGUCGUCCUCGGCGACGUAUCCGUCACUUUCGACAUUUCACCCGCGACCUCUUGGGGUUUCCAUACACAGCCAGGAGCUUUGAGGCGAGUCAUCAUGAAUCUCCUGGGGAACUCGCUCAAGUACACAGACAAAGGAUUCAUCAAUGUCACUGUAAACCAGCUGGCCCCGCGCACCGAUGCGCCAUCUAAAAAGGCCAUCAUUCAAAUCGACGUGGUAGAUUCCGGACGUGGCAUUAGUCAGGAUUACUUACAGCACGAUCUUUUCGCACCUUUCGCUCAGGAGAAUUCUUUUUCUGCCGGAGCCGGUCUGGGUCUGAGCUUGGUCAAGCAGAUAGUCAACAAGCUGCGCGGGUCUAUCCAGGUGUGGAGCAAGGUCGGACGAGGAACUAAAGUGAGGGUUCAACUUCCCCUGCUGUGCGCCAAUACAGAAACACCAACGAUAGCCAACGUGGAAGAAGCCAACUUCAAUGCCUUCCAGGCAUCUGUCAGCGAACUCAUGGGUCUAAGAGUCAAACUUCAGGGGUUCCCUGAAGACUACGGAGUCAACAUGCCCGACGAGUUGACUAGCAACACCCCCAGCGAAGGAGCAUUGGUCGCAAACCUCUGCAAAGAAUGGCUUCAGAUGCAAGUCAUCGACCAGUCCAUCCCGCCCUCACAACAACUCCUUCCCGACUUGGUUCUGUCUACAGAAAAGCAACUAGAGCAUCUUUUGAUGGAGCGCCGCUGGGGCAUCAUUAACACACCGGUCGUGGUGAUAUGCCGGAACGCGCUUAUUGCGCGCCAACUAGCUACCUCGGCACGAUUCACCGGCAAUCGCAUCAUAUUUGAGUUCAUCUCACAGCCGAUCGGUCCAAGAAAGCUUGCCAAAGUGCUUUUGCUGAGCUUCAACAGAUGGACGAAAAUACAAGAGCGGGCGGUACCGACUCCUACAAUGCUGUCGUUGGCCAGCCCAGAAGCGUCCAAUGCGGGUGGUGACACGCCGGUUGGGCGAGCACAAGACAGACUUACGGAGGUGGGAAGUACCGAAGCCCUUCCAAACCUUCCGGCCGAAGAUGAUAUUGCCGAGAAAUUGGAGGAGUUGUCAAACACCGAAGUCGAAACAAGGCAGAGCGUGGACGAUCAACCUAUGGAGAAGAGAGAUACGGAGCCAAGGCCUGAGGAUAUCGUCCUACCGGACACGCCGGAGGAACAUCCCAAGAGACCAACGCCUGAGGGCCAAGACAUCCCACGAUUGUCGCACAGACCAAAGAAGACCAGAGGAGAUCGUCACAAGUUUCUCUUGGUGGACGAUAACCCGCUCAACCUCAAAAUGUUGGCGACGUACAUGAAGAGGCUUGGACACGACUAUCGGAACGCAAAAGACGGGCAAGAAGCGUUGGACGAGUUCCGUGAAGCACUGGGCGAGUAUCACUGCAUUCUAAUGGACAUCUCGAUGCCUGUGAUGGACGGAUUUGAGGCGACGCGACGAAUACGUGCUCUUGAGACGAAAAGCAGCCUGACACGCAGUCUGAUUAUCGCACUUACGGGAUUGGCAUCAGCUGAUGCACAGCAAGAAGCGUUCGCGAGCGGUAUUGAUCUAUUUUUGACGAAACCUGUGCGCCUGAAGGAGCUGAGUAAAAUACUAGGGAACAAGGGUAUAGCAUGA